UUCCCCCUCCCUGCCUCCCUCCCUCGCUCCCUCCCGCCUUUCUCUCCGUCUUUAAACGCCCCUGCAUCGGAAGCGCCGCGCACAUGUACGUCUCUGUCCUCGCCACCUCCCAGAGCAGUACAUAGACACACAAACACACACGCGCGCGAAAACCGCUGCCCCUUCUCCCUCCCCACAAAGCCAUUGAUCUUUCAGCUGGCCACAUUGCGGGGACUGCGGGAGAGAAGAGCGAGUCGCCCAAGCCACGCUGGGCGCCUUUGGACAGAAGGUAUUUAUGUUAACGGCAAGCCAUUCCGAACAGCAAGCCAUUGCAAACAUCUUGAUCACAUUGCGUAAAGGGACUCUGUUGAUAUUUUUGCCAAACAUUUUUGACUUGGCAAAAAACAGGUAUCGACUGAGGCUGGAUAGCCCAUCUGAAGUAAAGUUGAUCUGGCUUUUAUCGUUUCCCCAUUUCAAAUGCCUAAGAACAGCAAAGUGGUAAAAAGAGAAAUAGAUGAUGAUGUCAUCGAGUCAGUUAAGGAUCUCCUGUCAAAUGAAGACUCUAUUGAAGAUGCUUUCAAGAAAAGCGAGCUGUCUGUUAAUGAUUCAGAGGACAAAGAAGUAGAUGUGGAAGAAGGAUCUGAUGUAGAAGAUGAGAGACCAGCCUGGAACAGCAAACUUCAAUAUAUUCUAGCCCAAGUUGGAUUUUCUGUAGGUCUUGGGAAUGUGUGGCGAUUUCCAUACCUUUGUCAAAAAAAUGGAGGAGGUGCAUACCUUGUGCCAUAUUUAAUUCUGCUGCUGGUCAUAGGGAUCCCACUUUUCUUCCUGGAGCUUUCAGUGGGUCAGAGAAUCCGCCGUGGAAGCAUUGGAGUAUGGAAUUAUAUCAGCCCGAAGCUUGGUGGAAUUGGAUUUGCAAGCUGUAUAGUGUGCUUUUUUGUGGCUCUCUACUACAAUGUCAUCAUUGGAUGGAGUUUGUUUUACUUUUCUCAGUCCUUUCAACACCCUUUGCCAUGGGACCAGUGUCCUUUGGUGAAAAACUCUUCUCAUACCUUUGUGGAGCCAGAAUGUGAAAAAAGUUCUGCUACCACCUAUUACUGGUAUAGAGAAGCACUCAAUAUUUCAAGCUCUAUCUCAGAGAGUGGAGGUCUGAACUGGAAAAUGACAGUUUGCUUGCUGGCUGCUUGGGUUAUGGUGUGCCUUGCAAUGAUUAAAGGCAUCCAGUCUUCAGGGAAAAUAAUGUAUUUUAGCUCUCUUUUCCCUUAUGUGGUACUUAUAUGCUUUCUAAUCCGAGGGCUGCUUUUAAAUGGUUCAUUGGAUGGUAUUCGUCAUAUGUUUACCCCUAAGCUUGAAAUAAUGCUGGAGCCCAAGGUCUGGAGAGAAGCUGCUACUCAGGUGUUCUUUGCCUUAGGGCUUGGAUUUGGUGGAGUCAUUGCCUUUUCAAGCUACAACAAGAGAGACAACAACUGCCAUUUCGAUGCGGUUCUGGUGUCCUUCAUCAAUUUUUUCACUUCUGUGCUGGCAACUUUGGUGGUGUUUGCUGUUCUGGGCUUCAAAGCAAAUGUCAUAAAUGAGAAAUGCAUUAUCCAAAAUUCUGAAAGGAUUGUUAACCUUUUGCAUAUGGGAAAUCUUAGUAGAGAUAUCAUACCUGCUCAUGUUAAUUUCUCAAGCAUCACAGCAGAAGAUUAUAAUCUUGUUUAUGAUAUAAUCCGUAAAAUAAAAGAAGAAGAAUUUCCUCUUGGAUUGAAACCUUGCCUGAUUGAAGAUGAACUAGACAAGGCUGUUCAAGGAACUGGUUUAGCCUUCAUAGCUUUUACAGAAGCCAUGACACACUUCCCGGCUUCUCCCUUCUGGUCAGUGAUGUUCUUUCUUAUGUUGGUAAAUCUGGGACUUGGCAGCAUGUUUGGAACAAUUGAAGGGAUCACUACACCUAUAGUUGACACCUUCAAAGUGAGAAAAGAAAUACUGACUGUUACUUGCUGUCUUCUUGCAUUUUGCAUUGGCCUGAUAUUUGUGCAGCGGUCCGGUAAUUACUUUGUAACGAUGUUUGAUGACUAUUCUGCGACAUUACCUCUGCUAAUUGUGGUCAUUCUGGAAAACAUUGCCAUGUCUUACAUUUAUGGAAUAGACAAGUUUAUGGAAGAUUUGAAGGAUAUGCUUGGCUUUUCUCCAAACCAAUACUAUUACUAUACAUGGAAAUAUAUUUCCCCUGUUGUUUUAUUAUCUUUACUGGUAGCUAGCAUUGUUCAAAUGGUGUUAAGUCCUCCUCAUUACAGUGCAUGGAUUGAAGAGAAGGCAACUGAAGAAUUCCAGAACUACCCAACCUGGGGGCUGAUCGUCUGUGUGUCUCUCAUUGUUUUGGCUAUGCUCCCUGUCCCAGUAGUAUAUGUGAUCCGCCGCUGCAAUCUUAUUGAUGACAGCUCUGGUAGCUUGGCAGCUGUUUCAUACAAAAGAGGGCGGAUUAUCAAGGAGCCCAUCAAUCUUGAGGGAGAUGAUACAAGUCUGAUUAAUGGGAAGAGUCCAAGUGAGGUGCCCUCUCCAAAUUUUGGCAAAAAGAUAUACCGAAAACAGACUGGUUCUCCAACUGUGGAUACUGCUCCCAAUGGUCGCUAUGGUAUUGGUUAUAUAAUGGCAAAUAUGUCAGAUAUGCCUGAGUCUGACUUGUAGCUACAAAGUAGGGUUGAUGCCUUUGUUGUUAUCCUGCACCACUGAACAUUUGUUCUCUUUAAGAGAAGGGGUCAACUUCACUUACUAGAGUGCAAUCUCAGGUGCCUAAUGGCUGUCUCCUUGAAAAGAUCAUGACCUGUGGUACAAAGAGCUUGAAAAUCCCCUUUUGGCUCAGUUUGCUGGUUUCCCUUUGUAUUGAAGGGAAUGCACAUAGAUACUAAUUGGUAAUGGCCUCGCUUUGUCAGGAUUGCCAGAUUUUUAAAAAUUAUUUUUGCAUUUAAUUUGAAAGUUUUCUAUCUUUAAAGUACAGGUGUUACCUCAGUUUGUAGCAAUUUUUUAAGUGAAUUCAUAUUUCUCUACUGCUGUAACUGGAAUUUCCUUCUUUGUUCCUGCUAGUUAAAGCCCCCUUUUAUUGGAAAACAAAAAUGUGUUCCAAAGAGUUUGCCAAGCCUGUUUUGACUGCACUUAUUUGUACAUAAUGUUUUGUAGAUACUCCCGUACUUUUUUUAAGCAACCACAGUCCCUUAGGCUACUAGCUUAAUAUAAAAGAAAAAAAAACAAGAAAGAAAAGAGAGCAGCAAACAAACACAUUAAAAACCCUGCAGAUUAUUUUCUUACAUGUAAUAGCUUUAUAGAGCAAUAGUAUUAGUCAACCAAGUAUGAUUAUGAUGGAAACAAAAAGAAAUCCUCAGACUUUGGGGAACUGCAUAUGAUGUGGCUGUAUUUUGCAUACUCUAUAUACUAAUGUAAAAGUCUAUAAAUUUGAGUCAAAAGUCAAUCCCAAAAACCUGAGUCAACUUACCCACAGGUCAAUGUGAGUACUGUGCCUACACUCUUAUAAAAAAGGAACUAUACCCUUCUCUGGAUGAAGGUGGGGAAAUAGUGGUGACACUGACUGCUAGAGACAACUGAAGCCUCUUCCAUACAGCUGAAUAAAAUCCCACAUUUUCUGCUUUGAACUGGGAUAAAUGGCAGUAUGGACUCAGAUAACCCAGUUCAAAGCAGAUAUUGUGGGAUUUUCUGCCUUGAUAUUCUUGGUUAUAUGGUUGUGUGGAAGGGACCAGUCUUCCUGAGAUGGCAUUGGUACUUUCCCUUCUCUGCAGAAUAUCAAUGGGUCAUAUCAAAAUCCUUAAUUUUGCCCCCAAAACUUGCCCUCAAUUUAUAUAUGAGGUUGAUUUAUACAUGAGUAUAUACGGUACUAUAUUUGUUUUUUUAGUGUGAAAAUUAUGUCAGAGUGAGUCGCUCCACGACUCUUAAUGAUUGUGCAGAUUCUGCAUUUUUCUAAGCUGUGUGCCUAAAAAAAAGAAACACAAAAAAUCUCUCCUAAUAUUUAUUGUGGUUACAAGAUUAUAUAUAUUAUAUUUAUAUAUAAUAUACUUGUAAUGUACAUAUGUAUAGUAAUAUUGUAUGUAAUAGCUUCAAACCUUGAAGCAAGAUGGCUUUAAAACUGUUUCUGUUUCGCUUCUGUUUUAUGCAAAGAAGAUUGUCCCCCUGUCCCAAGUCAGUGAUCAUUCAGAACUGUAUGCCAUUUACAUUUAAUCUAGGAAUAAAGAACGUGGAAAGUU